AUGUCUCCUUCUACUUUAAAAGUUGUUCUUUCACUCAUCAUUUACACUUUUACCCUUGUGAACCUAACAAGGGCCGGUGACCCAGAUAUACUAACCGACUUCAUAAGCCCAUUAACUGGCCCAGUUGAUUCAAACUUUUUCACCUAUACCGGCUUUCGUGUCCUUGUUGGACCACAAAGCGCAAAUCCACCACCAUUCAAAGUAUUAAAAGCAAGUUUGGUAGAAUUUCCAUCAUUAAAUGGACAAAGUGUGUCAUAUGCCGCUCUUCAAUUCCAACCUAAAAGCAUAAAUCCACCACACAUACAUCCGCGUUCAGCUGAACUACUCUUUGUUGUUCAAGGUUCACUUCAAGUUGGACUUAUUGACACAACUAAUAAACUCUUCACACAAAAUCUUCAAAUUGGUGACUUGUUUAUUUUUCCUAAGGGUCUUGUUCAUUUUCAACAUAAUGUUGAUGAGAAGGUUCCUGCUCUUGCUAUAUCUGCCUUUGGUAGUGCUAAUGCUGGCACUAUUUCACUUCCUAGUACAUUGUUUAAUACCUCUAUUGAUAACAAUGUUUUGGCUUUGGCUUUCAAGACUGAUGUUUCCACCAUUCAAAAUUUGAAAAAAGGUUUUGCUACCUAUGGGUAG